CCUGAAGAGAACCAGAAGCUGAUAUACUGUGGGAAGCUGUUACUUGAUCAUCAAUACCUGAGAGAGCUGCUGCCAAAGCAGGGGGAGUUCCAUGCUCUUCAUUUGGUGUACAGCUUCAAGACUCCUACAAAUGUGCAAGAAACCCAUGCAGAGGUGAAAGCUGCUCAGCCAAAGCUACUGUCAGAAGCUGGUUCAGAACCAUCUUCCUCAGAUGGUGGAAGUGGCCAAUCUUCAGCAGAAGCCAGUAACAGGCUUGAACCAACUCGACAUCCCUUCCAGUGUGUCACUCCUGGCCUCUCUGCUUACACGACCUACAGCAUGCUUCAGAUGUCCUGGCUGCAGCAGCUCUAUGCAAGACAGUAUUACAUGCAGUACUUGGCUUCUACUGUUCCAUCUGCUGACCCAGCCCCUGCACAGCAUUCUCAGGAGAUACCAGUGACAGCCCCAGCUCCUCUCCCAGACCCUUUUCCUGCACAAAACCAGCCUGGGAACCAGAAUGCUGCUGCCCAGGUUAAUGCUGUGGUCAACCCCAACCUGAGGGUGAAUGCCCAAGGGGGUCCCCUCAUGGAGGAAGAGGAGGAGGGUGCCAAUCGAGACUGGCUGGACUGGCUCUACUCAGCAACACUCUUCUAUGUUUUUGUCAACAUCAUCUAUUUCUACUCCAGUGUCAGCAGAUUCCUCCUGGUCCUGGGUGGCACUGUGCUGAUGUAUCUGCACCACGUUGGAUGGUUUCCCUUCAGGCAGAGAGCAGCUCAGCCCUUCCCAGGCAAUGUUCCUCCUCAAGCUGCUGUGAACCAGGACCAGAACAAUAACUUGCAGGGAGGAGAUGGAGGCAGAGCAGAUGAAUCUGAGGCCCCUCCUGAGGAGAGGCAGGUUUUACAAGACCUGCAGCAGACCAGCUCCUCACUGAUAAGCACAGUGUGGGUUUUCUUCAAGACUUUCUUUGCAUCCCUCCUUCCAGAAGGACCUGGGGUGAUCCGCAACUGA